AUGAUGAGCAACAUAAUUCUUGCUUUGAUUAUGCUUUCACUUCAGAAGUGGCAGCUAGGAGUUGAAGCGGUGUUUAAUAAACAACAAGUAUAUACAGCUACAUUUCAUGUUCAAUGGUUUAAUGCAUCGCCCGAUGGUUAUGAACGACAAAUAUUAAGUAUAAACAAUCAGUUUCCAUCGCCAACAAUUAUCGUUAACAGAGGUGAUGUAAUAAACAUCACAGUAGUUAAUCAAGCGUCAGAAGCAAUUUCUAUACAUUGGCAUGGUAUAACUCAACGACAUAGUUUACAUAUGGACGGUGUUCCCGGUGUGACUCAAUGUGCCAUAUUACCUACACAAUCGUAUGUCUAUCAGUUUAACACAAAUGAACAAUCAGGAACCUAUUGGUAUCAUUCACAUUCAGGCAUACAAUAUGGUGAUGGUCUCAAAGGUGUACUGAUUAUAAAUGAUCCAAAUGACCCAUGGAAAAAUUAUUAUACAAAUGAAGAAGUUUUACAAUUAAGUGAUUGGUACCAUACACCUGUAGGUGUAUUAUUACAAGCCUAUGUAACUUCGAGCAUGGAGGAUCCCAUUCCAGACACUGGACUUAUUAAUGGAAUUGGACAGUUUAAUUGUAAGAUUUGUGAGUAUUAUAAUGCAUCUAUUCAAACCGGAGAAACGAAACGCUACCGUAUAAUAAAUACGUCGAUCUAUGCUGCGUUUACUUUAACAAUAGAUGAACACAAAAUGAGAGUAAUUGAAGCCGAUGGUACUAUAUUAAAUGGUGAUAUGUGCGUAAGAAGUCUGAGAAUAAAUCCCGGUCAACGUUAUUCAGUAUUAGUCAAUGGAAAACGAAAUCCUACUCGAAAUUAUUGGAUACGUGCAACAAUCAAUCCUUUUAGAAUGUUUAAUGAAAAGUUUAACACAUCAGUGCAACCGAAUGUAAGUGCUAUAUUACAAUACACAAAUAACAAUGGCGAGUAUAUCUUUGCACAAUCUCCGCCAAUGACCACAUUUAACAAUGUUGAUGGUAUCAUACUGGAAUUAAUUACCAGUGGGAUGAGAUCUAUGGAUGAGUCAAACUUACAUCCAUUAAAGAGUAAUACCAAUCGUAUCCCAAACAACAAUAAAAAUACAAAAACUAUUGUACUCAAUGUAAAAGUGUUAGGUUCAUCGCCAGGCUAUUUCGCUUUGAAUAAUUCAACGUUUAGUCAUUCGCUAAACACAACGUUAUUAUAUUUACUUUUAUCUGAUAGUGAAAAUCAACUAUUAUCAGACAAGAAUAUUGGUUUAAUAGAAACAAAUGAAAUAAUCGACGUUGUCAUUAAUAAUAUUGAUUAUGCGCCACAUCCAUUCCAUUUACAUGGUCAUUUUGCAUGGAUAUUAGCUUCUGGUAAGACCAAUGAGGGCUUUUAUAAUGAGACAAUGCAUAGAAAUAUAAAGUAUAAUUUACAUAAUCCAAUUUAUCGCGAUACAUGGACAGUGAAUCCAAACACGUACAUUGUAUUUCGUUUUAAAGCAAAUAAUCCGGGUAUAUGGAUGAUGCAUUGUCAUAAUGAUUGGCAUUUACAGUUGGGUAUGGCAUUUGUUUUUCUCGAAUCACCACAAAAUAUAAAAAGAUAUUAUAAAGGUCAAAUGUCAUCAAUUCCAUCUCAUUGUAUGCAUUAA